UGUCAUGGUGAAGUCCUACCUCCGCUACGAGGAAUGCAAUUCUUUCGGUGUGGUUGUGUCGGCGGAAUCGAAUCUGUGCUACGAUAGCACGGGGAAGCUCCUCAUAGCCGGCGCUCUCGACAAGCUCCUCGUCUGGAACGUCAAGCAGGGACUCUGCGUGCAUUCUCUCGCGCCCUCUCUCCCCGAAUCAGGCUCCAGGCCCGCCGUCACUGCUAUCGCAUGUACGCCUGCCUCUUCCUCACUGGUUGCGAGUGGCUACUCCGAUGGGUCACUUAGAAUCUGGGACAUCGUCAAGGGAGCGUGUGAAUCAACCAUGAACAGCCACCGAGGAGCAGUGACUGCCUUGAGAUACAAUAAAAAUGGCUCCUUGCUUGCCACUGGAAGCAAAGACACUGACGUUAUUGUGUGGGAUACGGUAGCCGAGACUGGGUUGUUUCGUCUUCAAGGUCACAGAGACCAGGUGACUGAUGUUGUUUUCAUCGAGAAUGGGAACAAGCUUCUCACCUCGUCCAAGGAUACUUUCGUUCGUGUGUGGGACAUACAAACGCAAGCUUGCGUCCAGACGAUCGUGAGCCACCGCAGUGAAGUCUGGUCACUCGAUGUGGAUCCUCUGGAGCGCUACGUCGUCACUGGUGGUGCGGACAUGGAACUCAGGCUCUUCCAAGUUUCAAGCGAGCCUUCCAGCGAUCCGGGAAAGUGGGAGGUGCUCCAGCUUCUGGGAGACGUGAAGAAACAAAGCCACGAUCGAGUAGUCACUUUGAGAUUCAACGAGCUGGGAACGCUUCUCGGUUGCCAGUGUGCCGGGAAGUCUUUGGAGGUUUACUCGUUGCAUGACGACAAGGAAGCGUUAAAGAAGGCCAAGAGGAGGAAACGGAGAAAGAGAGAGAAGGCUGACAAGACUGAGAAACCGGAAAACGUAGCAGUGACAGAGCCGGAAGAUGGUAACGACUUCCAAGCAUCGGACUAUAUCCGGCUUCUACAAAUCGUUCGACUGAAACACAAGGCGAGAUCGUUUGCUAUCUCUCCUCUACACUCGAGGAAAGAAGUGAUGUGCACGCUGGCGGUUUCACUGCACAACAACAGCUUGGAAGUCCACGAAGUGCAGGCAGAAUCGUCGGCCAAAGUCCACUCCAUCGAUCUCCCGGGUCACAGGUCGGACGUCCGCUCGGCGGUGCUCACAAUGGAUGGCACGCUGCUCAUGACGACCAGCCACAAUGCAGUGAAGAUCUGGAAUCCAACGACAGGUUCUUGCUUGCGGACAAUGGAGGCUGGCUACGGUCUGUGUGGCUUGUUUGGUCCUGGCAACCAUCACGCCAUCGUUGGGACCAAGACGGGAGCUUUGGAGAUUUUCGACGUUCGAUCAGGGGACAGAGUGAGAGCUGUGGAAGCCCACUCUGGAGCGGUGUGGUCCGUGUCAGCUCUACCAAAUGGUGAAGGUUUUGUCACCGGGAGCGCAGAUAAUGACGUGAAGUUUUGGAGGUUUGAUCUUGUUCAAGCGGACGACAAGGUAACUCUUGUGUUUUAUCUUCGUGUGGAAUUUGACGUGGACAAGUUCCAGGCAUUCAAGCAGCUUACUAUUGAAAAUGUGCGUACUCUAAGAAUGGCCGAGGAUGUUCUUGCUGUUCGUGUAAGUCCGGAUGGAAAGUAUCUGGCUGUUGCGCUUCUCGACUCCACUGUCAAAAUCUUUUUUACAGAUAGCUUGAAGUUUUAUCUCUCGCUCUACGGGCACAAGCUUCCCGUCCUUUGCAUCGAUAUUUCGAGCGAUGGAGCUCUACUUGCCUCCGGUUCUGCGGAUAAGAAUAUGAAGAUCUGGGGAAUGGACUUUGGAGACUGCCACAAGUCUCUCUUCGCUCAUCACGAUAGUGUUAUGGCACUGAAGUUUGUUCCAAACACCCAUUACAUUUUCAGCGUUGGUAAAGACCGAGUUGUCAACUACUGGGAUGCGGACAAGUUCCAGCACCUGUUAAGACUGGAGGGACAUCACGCCGAGAUCUGGUGCCUUGCAGUGAGUUUCUACGGAGAUUUUAUUAUCACCGGAUCGCAUGACAGAUCGAUACGCCGGUGGGAGCGGACAGAAGAACCUUUCUUCAUAGAGGAAGAAAGAGAAAAGCAACUGGAGGCACGGUUUGAUUCCGAGCUAGACGACUCCAGAGCGCCUAGGCAAGAAGCUCCGGAAGAAGGAGCUUCCGGUUUGGCCGGACGAAAGACGCAGGAUACCGUGUCUGCUGCGGACUCUAUCAUCGACGCCUUGGACUUGGCCGAGGAAGAAAGAAAAAAGAUUUUGGAGCACAAGGUUGGUGUAACUCCAAAAAAGAUGAUCACCAUUUCAUGCAUGUAUUUGCAGGAGGCUGGAGAAAAAACGAAGUUCCAACCCAACGUUAUGAUGCUCGGUCUCUCACCCUCUGCCUACGUCCUUCGUGCUGUUGCUUCGGUCCGGCCUAGCGAUCUCGAGCAAGCCUUCCUGAUGCUCCCAUUUUCGGAUGCGUUGAAGCUGCUGGAAUACGUCAAGCAGUGGAUACCCGAUGGUAGUCAGGUGGAAAUUGUAGGAAGAGUAGCGACGAUGCUACUACGCAUCCACCAUGAACAACUCAUUGCAACACCAUCAGCCCGUGCAAUUGUAACCAGUGUUCAAGAAAUUCACGGCAGCGUGCGGAGCUUUAAAAACGUCCUUGGACGCAACAUUGCCGCAAUGAGCUACGUACAGGACUUGCUAGCACUGAGCUCAAAUGCUCUUUUCAAAGAUGCUGGAGCGAAGCUCAGCGAGAUAAGAAAGAAGCUGUCGAGCUUUCCGGAGAAACAAGAAGGCCACAACAAAAAGAAAAAGCGUCAAAAGCUUCAGUGAGUGAGCAAUCUGCAGCCGUUGAAAAAACAACGGCGGAGAUUCGCGCGGGUGAGAGAAAAAGAGGAAUUGCCACGUCUGUCGACACGUCACAGGCAAAAAAGAAAAGAUACACUACCCUUAAUAUUAGGGCAA